UCAAACGAGAGUCUCCCAGCUCGUCUUGUUAUUGUUUGCCUUGCAACUGCAACCUCACAAUCUCUGCAUUGCAUUCCGAGGGUGAGAGUUGGAGAUACCGAGAGCGCUUGCACUGUUAAUUCGGAAUUCGGUAGGAAUCGUGGCCAUGGCGUCGCUCGUUGCGGUUCCCUCCUCGCUGUGCUGCUCCUCCUCCACAUUCUUCAAGGCUCUCCCGAUGCCGAGCGCAGCCGCGGUCUCGUCGUCGUCGUCGUCGUCGUCGUCUGUCUCUUUGCCUGCCAUUGUAUGCGGCCGGGGUGACAAGCGCACUGCCAAGGGCAAGCGAGCGCGCGGCUCGUUCGGCAACUGUCGUCCUAAGGAUUCCUCCAAGGGGACUGGAUUGGCGAUCACGCCGCUGCCGCCACGCACCAAGAAGGAAGUCGAGGAUACCGAGUUCAUCAACGUGGAGAUUGACGAGAGUCUCUUCAACAGGCAAUGAGGAUUUUUUAAAUUUUUGGCUAUCCAUGCUUCGUGCCGCUCUUCACAGCCAUCGCCAUAGCCAGUUUUGGAGCAUCAAUAUCAGCGCAGGGGGUGUCAUGUGUUCUGAUAUUCUUGAUUUUAAAUCUUCAAGCUAGCGCUUCGUCUAUUUUGCACCUUAUCUGUCAUAUGAUUAAUUUCCUUUGACUGUUGUCGUUGAUGCGUCGUUGAUUAUGUCAUGCUUCUCUGCUUCUCCUAUUAAGUACCUCCGUUCAUUUGCACUCAAUAGAAAAGUUCUGGGACUCGUGAACAGAAUAUAUUUCGGGACGGGCAAUUUUCUUUAAUAUUGGUUAUAAUUUCAGUUAUAAGAAUUUGGAACUUAUAGAUUGGUUAGUUUUUUGCAAGUCUGACUCUGAAUUCUCACAUGGUCUAAUAUAAUUUCCACUUGAAUUU